CAACUGUAUUGUGAAAUAAAGGAAAUGCAUGUUAAAUUUUUUAUUAAAUAAUCUUAAAACUGCUUCGUCAUUUCUAGCAUAUAAUUAACAUACUAAAAUGAUAUUGAAAUCUCACUAGGAAACCGAUUCAAAGUUCAACUUCAAUCGAUUUGUAGUUUUCAUUCUUUGAUAAAAAAUUGGGAAAAAGACGACUAAUCAAUAUUUUGAUAUUAAAUUCUUAACACUUGUCAUAUCAAAUUAAGAAAGAUGGGUCCCAAAGGUAAAAUAUAUGUGAUCGGUGUUGGGAUGACUAAAUUUGAGAAACCUGGAAAACAGGAUGGAUCAGAUUAUCCAGAAUUAGCAAAAGAAGCGUUAAACAAUGCUUUGAAAGAUGCUAAAGUUCCAUACAGUAAUAUCAAAGCUGCUUGCGUUGGAUACGUUUAUGGAGACUCAACUUGUGGUCAAAGAGCUAUUUACGAAGUAGGAUUGAGUGGUUGUCCUAUUUAUAAUGUUAAUAAUAAUUGUUCAACUGGAUCAACUGCAUUAAUGUUGGCUAAGCAAAUCAUAGAAAGCGGAAAUGCUGAUUGCGCUUUAGCUCUUGGUUUUGAAAAAAUGGAACGAGGUUCAUUGACAUCUAAAUUCACUGAUCGUACAAAUCCAAUGGAGAAACAUGUUCAAGUUAUGGCUGAUAUUGCUGAAAUAAAUGAAAGACCAAUUACUGCUCAAAUGUUUGGAAAUGCUGGUCUUGAACAUAUGAAGAAAUAUGGAACAAAAGCUGAACAUUUUGCAAAAAUUGCUUAUAAAAAUCAUUUACAUUCCGUAAACAAUCCAUAUUCUCAGUUUCAAGAAAAGUAUUCUUUAGAACAAAUAAUGAAAUCUCCAAAUGUAUUUGGACCUCUUACAAAACUUCAAUGCUGUCCUACUUCUGAUGGUGCAGCAGCUGCUAUUUUAGCUAAUGAAGAUUUUGUUCGUAAACAUCGAUUAGAGUCACAAGCAGUAGAAAUUUUAGCUAUGGAAAUGUCUACUGACUUGCCAUCCACAUUCUCAGAGAAUAGUUGCAUCAAACUUAUUGGAUACGAUAUGACCAAGAAUGCUGCAGAAAAGGUUUUCACGAUAACCAAGUAUAGACCGAUAGACGUAGAUGUAAUAGAGUUGCACGAUUGUUUUUCAACCAACGAACUGAUCACUUAUGAAGCUUUAGGACUUUGUCCUCCAGGCAAAGGUGGACAACUGGUGGAUUCUGGAGACAAUACGUAUGGUGGAAAGUAUGUCAUCAAUCCUAGCGGUGGUUUAAUUUCCAAAGGACAUCCCUUAGGAGCUACGGGCAUAGCUCAAUGUGCAGAACUUUGUUGGCAACUUCGAGGACAAGCUGGAAAACGACAAGUGCAAGGAGCGAAAUUAGCAUUACAACAUAAUAUAGGUUUAGGCGGUGCUGUUGUAGUUGCUUUAUAUAAAUUAGGCUUUCCUAAUAGCGCACCUAAUCUCGCGAAAAAUGCUGUUGCCCCUUCACCUCAAUCUUCUGGCACUGUUAAACAGAACAAAACUGGCAGCGUUGAUCCAAAUUCCUUCAAGGCUGCUCCACUUUUUAAAUUACUCGAAGUUGCAAUGAAAGAAGAUCAGGAUGGUCUGAUAGAAAAAGCUCGUGGAAUUUAUGGAGUUAAGGUGAUAAAUGGACCAGGAGGUGCAGAAGCAUAUUGGGUGAUAAAUGCUAAAACAGGCAAAGGAUCAGUUGAAUUAAAUGGUAAAAGUAAACCCGAUAUUAUAUUUACCAUCAGUGAUCACGAUAUAACUGAUUUUAUCACGGGAAAAUUAAAUCCACAAAAAGCAUUCUUUCAAGGUAAAAUUAAACUUCAAGGUAAUAUAGCCUUUGCUAUGAAAUUAAUUGCAUUACAAAAAAAUGCAGCAGCCAAAAUCGAUUUACUUCGUUCUCGAUUAUAAUUCUAUUUCCGAUGAAAAACAACUCAUAUAUCGAUAAUCACGGGGGUUAUAUGGAUACGAAUAUUUUUUUCUUUAUUAAUCCUUAUGUUGGGAAUACUUUUUAAGAUCAAAACAAUAAGUUUUAGGAACUAGGGUAUAAUUUGUAACGGGUUAAAAAUAAAUACUAUAUUCAAAGUU